GGCGGACCGGCAUCCAUCAAAUUCCAUUCGUCUUUCUCUCCCUUUGUCAACAAUUGGCCAUCAACGUCACCCUUCCUUUGCCGGAUUCAGGGGCUUUUAGAGGGUCAUGACAACUGCUUUCAAAAACUACAGCUCUCGCUCCCAUUAAGUUCGUCAUCCAGUACGUCUAUCCUGUAUAUAAAUCAAGACCGAGACUGGGAGAAGCUAAGAGCAGCUUGCCAAGGAAACCAUGGGGGCGGUGGGGAUGCAGAGGGGGUGGUGGUUGCUGAACCUUCUCCUCGUGUUGUCAGUAGUCGCUACGGUGAGAGCCAUCAGCAGAGAUGACUUCCCGGCUGGCUUUAUUUUUGGUGCUGGUUCGUCUGCCUAUCAGGUAGAAGGAGCAGUUGCGGAGGAUGGAAGAAAGCCCAGUAUAUGGGAUACUUUCACCCAUGCUGGGAGAAAUGCUGACAAGAGCACAGGAGACAUAGCAGCAGACCAAUAUCACAAAUACAAGGAAGAUGUGAAGCUGAUGCAUGAGAUGGGCUUGGAUGCUUAUAGAUUUUCCAUCUCAUGGUCCCGGCUUAUUCCUGAAGGGCGAGGACCUGUCAAUCCAAAAGGCUUACAGUACUACAACAAUCUAAUCAAUGAGCUCUUAAGCCAUGGUAUAGAGCCUCACAUAACUCUUUACCACUUCGACCUUCCGCAAGCAUUGCAAGACGAGUAUGCAGGACUUCUAAGCCCAAAGAUAGUAGAAGAUUUCACGGCUUAUGCUAAUGUGUGCUUUAAAGAAUUUGGUGAUAGAGUGAAGUUCUGGAGUACUUUCAAUGAACCUAACAUAGAAACAGUUGCUGGUUAUGAUGUUGGGUUGUUUCCACCUGCGCGCUGCUCCUAUCCAUUUGGACUUAAUUGCACCGAGGGGGACUCAACGACAGAACCAUACAUCGUUGCUCACAAUAUAUUAUUAGCCCAUGCAUCAGCUGCCUCCUUGUACAAGGACAAGUAUCAGGCGGAGCAAGGAGGUCGUAUAGGAAUGACCAUCCUAGGCUUUUGGUUUGAGCCUUUCACGAACUCAGCAGAGGAUAUUGCUGCAGCACAGAGAAUGAUUGAUUUCCAUAUAGGAUGGUUCAUGGAUCCUCUUGUGUAUGGAACUUACCCUGCUGUCAUGAAGAAGAUUGUUGGAUCUCGAUUACCAUCUUUUAGUGCAGAAGAAUCAAAGAAGUUGAAAGCAUCAUUUGAUUUUCUCGGCUUCAACCAUUACACAGUUUUUUAUUUGCAAGCAGGUCCUAACAAUUGGGAUCGGAAUGAGAGUGACUACCUCAGAGAUGUAUCUGUCAAAUUACCAAUUACAACCAGGAACUAUUGGAAGUAUUUCAGUUCCCAAAGCAUGCCUCCAGUAACUGCAACUCCAUGGGCUCUGAGAAAAAUGCUUGAGCACAUUAAAGUGAAAUAUGGGAAUCCUCCAAUUAUAAUCCAUGAAAAUGGAUAUGCGGAGUUCAACAUUAACCAUACGAUGGAUGUACACUUUUUUAAUGAUGAUUGUAGAGCAAACUUCUUACACCAAUAUGUAGAAAGCCUCUUUGAAUCUAUCAGGAAUGGAUCAAAUACACAAGGAUAUUUUGUCUGGUCUUUCAUAGACUGUUUUGAGCUUGCUUUUGGUUAUACUGCUCGCUAUGGUCUCUAUGGAGUUGACUUCAAUGACAAAAAUAGAACAAGGUAUGGCAGAGCUUCUGCAGAGUGGUAUGCCAUGUUUCUCAAGAAUGGACUGAGAAGGAGAAUAUCUCACAAUGCCUAUGUUGAGUAAACAUAUGCCAACAAUCUAUCUUUAGUUGAGAAUGUGGAGACAAUUUGAAUCAUAAGGGAUGAUAUGCUAUUUCGUAUUGAGGCUAUAGGCAGAAAAAUUGCAAUACAUCCAUGUAGCUUGUCCAUGUUAGUGGCAUACUUUGUCUUAAUGACGAGCGGGUUGGGCUCUGGCUAGCCUUUUGUGAGAGAUAGAGUGCUCAUAGCCCCGGAUAGAUUUGUAAUUUCAUUAUGAAACUAAAAAAAGGUCCAAUAGAAACUGUAUUCCUUGUUACGUCAUUAUGAUCAAGAAGAAACAUAGAUUCCUUAGUAUU